CUUGAUACUGUUACGGCUCUACGAGAGUUUCUAAGCGAUCUUGGGGAGUGUGACGGCCAGCCACCGAGGAUGUACGUGGAUUUGGAAGGCAACAAUCUUUCACGCAACGGCACUCUAUCACUGGUCACGAUCCUAUUAGUGCCAGAGAAGGAGGUUUAUCUCGUCGACGUGACCACCCUCGAGCACGAUGCUUUCACCACGGCUGGUACAAAUGGACGCACUUUGAAGAGUGUCCUAGAGUCGACCAACAUCGUCAAAGUUUUCUUUGACAUCCGAAACGACUCGGACGCUCUCUUCGGUCUUUACGGAAUCCGGGUCGCUGGCAUUGAAGACCUGCAGCUAAUGGAAUUGGCCUCAAGGAGCUUCUCGAAGAGGAAUGUGAAUGGCCUGGCCAGGUGCAUUGAGCGGGAUGGUAGCAUCGAACUCUCGAAGAGGAAUGAAUGGCAGAUUAUCAAGGAUCAAGGCAAGAGAUUAUUCGAUCCCGAUCGAGGGGGCUCUUAUGCCGUCUUUGAUCAACGGCCUUUGUCAAAGGAAAUUUUGCAAUAUUGUACGCAAGAUGUUAAGUUCAUGCCGCAUCUUCGGGAAGUGUAUCGACGUAGGCUGUGUGACGCAUGGUGGAGGAAGAUCGAAGAGGAGACGAACGCUCGCAUUCAGCUUUCUCAGAGCCCAUCUUUUCGUGGCAAAGGGCAGCACAUGGCCCGCGGACCGCCAACAUGG